AUGUCAACACAACAAGAGAUAAAAGUGGUCAAUACUAAUGCGACAAAUAAGCGCGUCGUGCAACAUGGACAUACUUCGGUCGCGGUGGCGGCUAAGUCGGCCUCUGAAUCGACCGGGCCAUCUGACACUUUGGCGUCCAAGCCUCUCAAGAAACACUCCCGCAAAAGGUUCCAGAAAAAGAAGUUCUCGGAAGCGUUCCCCGGGAACAGGAUUCUGACCACGAAACUUCAACCCCUUCAGACCUACGGGACAGGCAUCAAGGGCACUGGGGCAGCAGUCGAACUCGCCGAUGCUGCUCCGGUUCCUGCUGCCCUAGGUGUGGUGUCUGCAAGUUCUCAACAUGAGUCGACUCACAAAGUCAAUGACGCGUCUCAAGAACUUGUGCUGGAGAAGUUCGACAAGCCUAAUCUUAACGUCGACAAGAAAGAAUUUCAGGAUGACAUGAAGAAGUAUGGUUUUAAGGGUCUGGCAGCUUCACGCUGGGCUUAA